ACAAGACAGAACAGCGUACGAAACUGCUUGAGUGACUUGGCUCUGGAAGAAGGCGAAUAAGUAAUCUGACGGUACAGCGUCUACCUUUCUAAUAGUAAAUAUUCGUGGUUUAGUUGCCGUUUGUGUGCUAUGUGUCCAAGUUAUGUGUUUUUCGUUUCGAGCUGAACCGAUAAUAUAGCCUUACUUUCGAAUUUGGAUUGGAUUUUAAAUGUGAACGUGUUGAACGUGUGAAGUUUCUACUUUCUAUAGUUGUUGCCGAGAUAUUGUUUUUAUAAGAAUCCAAAAUGAUAGCACUGCUCAUUUUCGUCUUCUUCGCUUCAUCGCAAGCACUGCCAAAUGGAGCGCCUACCACGGUAUGUCGGAGCAUGCUUCCGAACCACGGUGGAGGUAUACCCCCACAAGAAGGCCCAUCCCCGUACACGAUAGUGCCAAAGAGACAGGGAGGCAACGUUUCAGUGACGCUCGGUUCGUCGGUGGGAGGUCGUAUUCAGGGAUUCUUGCUCCAAGGAAGGACCGUUAAUGGUGAUAUAUUGGGGGAGUUCCAAUUAGGACCUUCCGCUGGAGGUCACACCAUUGACUGCGCCGAAGCUGGGGAUUCCGUCACACAUGACGACACUAGUGAUAAGGAAUACAUAGAGGCUACGUGGAUGCCGCCUUCGGGAUAUGAGGGAACGAUUAUAUUCAAUGCCACCAUAGCACAAACCUACACCACCUUCUGGGUUGGGGUAACUUCCCAACCAGUCCAGAUAGACAAACGUUCCGUCAGAGAUCCCAUCCCCAGCAAUCCCUUCAGACCAAACCGUCCAACGUCAACCACCCCACCUAAUUUCAACCCGGAGCCACCAAGACAAGCGUCCACCGAUUUCGAUCCCUUCUACGACGGCUGCGGGGUGACCAAGUUGUGCUUCGGUGCUCAAUCCGCCAAUUGCGUCAGUUCGAAAAACUGCAAAGCUGCAGUGGCUGUGACGGUAACUGGUGAUGUAUAUGAUUUUGAGAUGAAGGCUGACAGCAACGCCGCUUGGGUGGGGGUUGGACUCUCUGAAGAUGAUAAGAUGGGUGAUGACUCUGUUAUUGAGUGCGUGAAGAGGGGAACUGGAGUAGCAACGUACAUGUCUUGGACGUCUAGGUCGCCUUUUUCUGCAACUAGGUUAAGUAAUCCUCAGUUGGGAAUUCAGCUUCUAAACAGCAGUAUUGUUGACGGAGUUCUCUACUGUAAAGUUCGCAGGGAUGCCGUUACGCUUGUAAAUGGUAAAACUUUCGAUUUAAUUAACGAUAAAUAUCAUUUACUUGUGGCUUCCGGAGCUUCUGUCACCGAAACUUCCGUGUCUUACCAUGGAAUCGCAUUCCUAGCAAGCGGAGACAGACAAGCACUCUCAGAUGUGUCUGCCUUAGCUGGAGCUUCCAUGAUACUUAUACGUCUUCAUGGGUCGUUUAUGUUAGCCGCAUGGAUUGGAACCGCCUCUGUUGGUAUCCUUCUGGCCAGAUACUACAGACAAACGUGGGUUGGAACCAGUUUGAUGGGCAAAGAUUUAUGGUUUGCGUGGCAUAGGAUUUUCAUGGUGCUAACCUGGGGUUUGACGAUGGCAGCUUUCGUGUUGAUUUUCGUCGAGCUUAAAGCGUGGUCAAACGAAAAUAACCCCCACGCCAUUUUGGGAACCAUCACUACAGUUUUAUGUUUCUUCCAACCGAUUGGAGCUUACUUCAGGCCACAUCCUGGUACUCCGAAGAGGGCGAUCUUCAACUGGGCACAUUGGCUGGUAGGGAAUGUGGCACACAUAGUAGGAAUUGUCACUAUUUUCUUUUCCGUGAAGUUAAGUAAGGCUCAGUUGCCAGAUUUUGUGGAUUGGAUACUUGUAGCGUACGUGGCAGUUCAUGUCGUAACUCAUAUUGUAUUAUCGUUAAUGGGUUGUAUUUCCGAAAAGUCUUCAGAAAGUAGAGUUACUUCUUUCCCAAUGAAAGAUUUAGGAGGUUCAGGAAGAAGUUCUGCCUAUGCUGAUAGAAAUGCUGAUGCUCCGUUUUCUCCAUUGAGGAAGUUCCUUCUGGCGAUUUACAUGACGUUGGUCCUACUUUUGGUGGUAGCACUUAUUGUAAUAACGGCCCUAGCUCCUAUUGGUGACGCGAUACCAAUUCUCAGUUCAAACUGAACCCACUGCAGCUAGGAUUUUAUUGAGAGAAUUAACUUGACGUACCAAAUAUAAAUAUUUCACACUUUUAACACUAAUGACUGAUACCAUAUAUCCGGAAAUAAAAUAUUGUACGAGUAUAUAAAAUUUGCAAUAAUCAACAUUCUUAGCUGUAAGUUAUGUUUCGAAUUACGUAUUAUAAUUAUGUUACUUGAUGUAUAGAAUGUAGGAAUUACCGUUUUUUCACUAAGUGAAGGAACUUGUUACAUAUUGUAUAUUUCUGUUACAUUGAUGUAGAAAUAUAAUUUUAUAUAACGUUUUUUUAUUUUUUGAUAAUGUGGGAAUUUUGUUUGUACUUGCAGUUUUAUUGGGAGUUGUUCCAAUCACAGUAUUUUAAGAGUACAUUGAAUUUUUAGUUUUUUCUUAAUUUAUUACAUGUACUUAACGUCUAAUGUAAUAUUUGUGAUUAGUUAUAUUUUUAGAGUACUUUUAUACAUGUAUACAUAUAUUUA